ACAUACGGAGAAGGGCAUAUCAAAAUAGAUGGGAAGUAAUUAACUGGAUAACGGUAGAAUCUGCCUCCCCUCCGCCCCCUUUCCAAUUUUAAUCCCCAAUGCGGCUUAGCGUAAAGAGCCUUACAGGAAGCUUCUAUAUUAAAAGCCCUGUGUUCCCCUCAGAGGCACCUCAAUCAAUGCCAGGCUAGCUAAAAGGCACUCAGUGCUGCUUUAUGGCGGGAGAAGGAACGCAAGGAACGGUGCGAUCUCCAAUCAGUGUCGUCACGCAGGCUUGAUUGUGAACGAGCUCUUUGCAGCACUCCCAAGUGCUUCCAGCACUGCAGAACAGCAUGCUCUGAUGCAGUCCGUGACAUGCGAGGAGGACAGCUCUGGCACGCUGCAGGCACAGCACACAGCAGAGAAGGUCUCUGGCUUGGAGGGAGGAAAUUAAAAUGACUGCAUAGCGGAGUCUGCUUACUAAGACAGUCACUGCUGCCGUGAGAAAAUGGAAGGCCUCCUUUCCUGAGCCGUGUAGUGGAUAGAAAGACCUGGGUCUGACUCCCCCAGGUGGCCUUGCCUUGGCUCAGUACCUUCCACUGAAUGGAGAAUUCAUGAUGGCCCCUGGUGCUGGGUUUGCAGCAUUUGACGGCGCUUACGAUCCAGGAUGCGAGACAGGUUCAGAAGUCACAUUUAGUAGUGCAGAGAAUUACCACUGGUACGACCCCACACUGUGGCAUGCAGCAACCUCCUUGGAUGACCUAGAGCGGGGCAAGUACAUCUUCUCUGUGGAUGAGGAAUGUGUCCCCUGCCAGCACGACGAUGUUCUCUUUCGGCCUGAAACGUCCUUCCGCAUCAACAUCGAAUCAUCCGAGCAGAUGAUACGACUCAGAAGCAUUUCAUUAAUGGGUCAGAAGUUCACCAGCAAUGAUGCCCUCGCCGAAUAUAUGCAGAGCCCCUCUGCAAAGCUGCAAUUCCAUGGGGAAGGAGCAUUCCAGUUGUCACACACCAGGUGUCCAGACAAAUCUGGCUGUGAAUGUGCAAAUGCUGCAAACCAUCACAGGAUCUGUGCUGCCUUGCUCCAGAACUCUGGGAACCGAUGUCCAGUGCCUCUGUGCAAGGACCCAUUGAUGCCUGUUGGUCAUUGUUGUGGAAUAUGUGAAUCCCUGUGUUGUAUUCUUUAUUCCCAGGGAAAAACGAAUCAACUAAUAAAGAGCUUAAGAGCCACUAUUUCCUUGGAAUAUUCUGCUGGUUUUGACAUUGAGAUGUAUCGGAACAGAAUACUCCACACUUUCCUCAAUAUGCCAAAGAAUGCAGGCGUGCAGAUGGCUCUAUCAAAGGUGCAGGCCCCUCCUCGGACCUUCCUGGGAAUCGUACCGCGCAGCCCUUUGUCUCUCAUCCAGAUCGUGCUAAUUGACAACAGGACUGGGGCACAGACUGGGACUCAUGCUGAGCAGCUGGCCAAGGACAUCAUGGGUGAUAUAGCAGAGAAUGGAGAAUCCUUUGGUGUUGUGCUGGGCCACUUCCAGGCAGCCACUGGCACGAACUGGGAGGCCCAGGGUGCAGGGGGCCAUGUUGCUGCUACGACUGCUGGGGCAGUCGUUGGGCUUCUCCUUGUCCUGCUGCUGUCGGGAGUUGUCCUGCUUCUCUACAGGAAAGGGGCAUUAAGAUCUCUCUCCUCUGUGAGUUUUUCCAUCCUUUGGAGCCAUAAGAACCUUCAUUCUAUGGGAGAAACAAAUGACGAAGGCUUUGAUAAUCCCAUGUUUGACACACCAUCCAACCCAAUGGCUUUCGCUGGCGUAAGUGUGGAGGAGCGAGUGAAGGACAGGGCAAGCAAAAUUAGUGGGCUUUAUUACAUUAAUCCUUUAUAUGAUGAAACAGAAGUGAGUGCUUAAAAGCAAAGCCAUCACACAGAGACAGUUCUGCUCUCUUGCGAACAUCCCCUCAACCUUUCUUUGCUUACAGUUUCAUCUCCAUAGGUUCAGUCCAAAAUAACUUACCUUGCGUAGGCAUGGACCCCGUUCACUUUCUGCUUCAUUGUGUCCAAUGUCACUGUCUCAUUUCCUCUCUUAAACUUCUGACUGAUUUAAUCAUGAGAGAAUAUAAUCCGCUUUUGAAUGGUGGUCCAGGAAUGAUAGAGUUUGCAGUUCCAUUUGGCAUCAUUUCUGAAGUACAUAUGGAAUACAAUUUCCAGUAGGAAUUCUUGUUGCAAUAAAAUAGGUGUACACACUU